UGUAGAAACAACAUGGUAGCGCCUAUGCAUGAGAUGUGUGUAGCGCCAGCUAUGCAGAGGGGAUCAUGUUCGGGAGUGUAACAGGACAUUGCUUGUGAACAGGUUGGCUGCGACAGAAACUGAUCAUCACUAAUGACAGUUCCUGAACUCAUCCUCCCUCUCUUGCCGGAGUCAGUGUGCAGAGGAGUUGUGUGAGAGAGAGGACUGUGGACUGCUGUCUCCCACCAGCAUGGAGCUCGAGAGCUGCCGUUCACCCACAUUUGGAUUUCUCUUAUAACUCCCGCAGCCCUGGAAAGCACCACAGAGCCACUUGAAAGAGCUUUGCAGUCCAUUCAUCCCCUCAAUCCCAGUGCAAUGCCUUUUCAGUGGAUGCAUCUUCAGCUCGAUUCGACAUGCCAGUGAACUCAUUGCUAUUCCGCCGGUGCUGAAUCAUGGGUAACGUCGAGAGCCAAAACGGAGACCAUGCGUACUACAGGGGCGGACACGGCCACUUGUCCCGCAAGCACAUGUCCCGCUCUCUGCGCAUCUCCAACAAGCAGUCGCGUCACCACCCCCGCCACCAGCAGCACGCGUGCGCGGGCAAGAUGGAGCACCGCAACUCGGAGACCAGCACGCGCUCCAGCAGCACGCCCAGCAUCCCGCAGUCGCUGGCCGAGAACGGCCUGGAGCCCUUCAACGACACCAACCUGCUGUCCGACUUCAGCAGCCCCAUCUGGGUGGACCGCGUGGCCAUGAACCUGCGGCCCAUGUCCUUCCACAACGAGCUGGCCAACCCGCCGGAGUACGGGGGAGGCGGCGGCGGCGGCGAGGCCAGCAGCCCGGCCGGAGGAGGGCCCUUCCCUGGGGAAGGUGGGGACGCUGACGCUGACGCGGCCACCUUUGUGGCCAUGAGGACCAGGGACGGGCCCCGGGAGUCGGGCGCGGCCACGUUCAAAAAGCGCCGCUCCAAGUCGGCGGACAUGUGGCGAGAGGACAGCCUGGAGCUCUCGCUGUCGGACAUCAGCCAGGCGCACCUGACCAGCACGGAGGAGAUCGUGGACGCGGCGGACUUUGCUCACUGUGACGACCGGCUCCAGUCCAGCCCUCGCAGCCUGGAGCUGAUGGACCCUGUCGACCGCGCCAACUCCCUGGACGAGCUCUACGGGCCCAAGAGCCCCGGGUGCCGGCAGACGAGCAGGCGCUUCGCCAAGUGGCACAAGGCCGCCGUGACCCCCGGCGGCGGCGAGAGCGAGGACGAGAAGAUGCUCUCGCCCGCCGAGGACGAUGGGAGUGCCUACGGCGCCUACACCCUGCCGUGCCGGCGCUCACACUGCCUGUCUGAAGGACUGACCAAUCACCAGGCAGCUAUGUCUGCUAGGCGACGGGCACAAACCAUACAGGAUGUCACUGGGGAGGGAAGCGAGUACGACGACAGCGGCAUCGACACGGUGACGGCCGACGCCGAGCAGCCGCCGCACCACCAGUCGCGGCGCUGCAAGACCAUGUCGGCCUCCUUCUCCAUGUACUCCGUCCCGGGCCGCGGAGCCUUCGCCGGGAGCGACAGCGCCAGCUCCAGCAGCGGCGGCGGCGGCACGGGCGGGGACGGCGGCACAGGCGGGAGCAGCGGCGGCGGCGGCGGGCGCGGCGUCCGUAGCGGCAAACGCCGCGACGGCGAGGGCGGCAGCGUCCAGGGCGUCUACGAGAACUUCCGCCAGGAGCUGGAGAUGAACCGCUGCCAGGGCGACGGGCCCGAGGAGAUGGCGUCGGCCCUGAGCGACGAGCAGAGCAGCGGCACGCUGAGCUCCGCGUACCAGGCCGACCCGCUGCUCGCCGUGGCCCAGGGGACGGUGCGCAAGGCCGGCCGGCUCGCCGUCAAGAACUUCCUGGUCCACAAGAAGAACAAGAAGGUGGAGCUGGCCACUCGACGCAAGUGGAAGAGCUACUGGGUCUGCCUCAAAGGGUGCACCUUGUUCUUCUACGAGACGGACGGCCGCUCGGGGAUCGACCACAACAGCGUCCCGAAGCACGCGGUGUGGGCGGAGAACAGCAUCGUGCAGGCCGUGCCCGAGCACCCCAAGAAGGACUUUGUCUUCUGCCUGAGCAACUCCCUCGGGGACUCCUUCCUGUUCCAGACGUGCAGCCAGACGGAGCUGGAGAACUGGAUCACGGCCAUCCACUCGGCGUGCGCCGCCGCCGUCGCCCGGCAACAUCACCGCGACGACACGGUGCGUCUCCUGCGCGCCGAGAUCAAGAAGCUGGAGCAGAAGAUCGACAUGGACGAGAAGAUGAAGAAGAUGGGCGAGAUGCAGCUGUCCGCCGUCUCCGACACCAAGAAGAGGAAGACCAUCCUGGACCAGAUCUUCCUGUGGGAGCAGAACCUGGAGCAGUUUCACAUGGACCUGUUCCGAUUCCGCUGUUACCUGGCCAGCCUGCAGGGCGGCGAGCUUCCCAACCCCAAACGCCUGCUGGCCUUCGCCUCCCGCCCCACCAAACUAGCCAUGGGCCGCCUGGGUAUCUUCUCCGUCUCCUCUUUCCACGCCCUGGUGGCCGCCCGCACGGAGACCGGGGUGAGGAGGCGCACGCACGCCAUGUCGCGCUCGGCCAGCAAGCGCAAGAGCCGCUUCUCCUCCCUCUGGGGCCUGGACACCACGUCCAAGAAGAAGACCAAAGGACACCCCAGCAUCAACCAGGUGUUUGCGGAUGGAGACGAGCCAGCCAAGAAGCCUCUGGACGGCAUGUUUGAGGACGCAGUGCAGGAGGCCGCGAAGGAUGACGAGGCUCCCGUGAAGAGCCUUCCCCGGCACAACACGGAGCAUGACAUCUGGGUUUCGGACCACCUCACGCCCUCCUGGGUCUGCCUGCCAAAUGACCAGCCGGUGCUCGCCAUCAUUCAGCCGGGCGAAUCUGCGCUGGAUGCCCUCGAGUCCAUCUGCAAGGCCCACCAGCUGGAUGCCACCAAACAUUAUCUCCGUCUGAAGUUCUUAAUCGAAAACCAAGUGCAGUUCUACAUCCCCAAGCCCGAGGAGGACGUGUACGACCUGCUCUACAAAGAGAUUGAGCUUUGCUCAAAAAUCAAGAAGGUUGUGCAGUUUGACCGUGACGAGUCCUGCAUGAUUGGCUAUGGUUUCUCGAUCUCUGUGGUGGAGGAGGACGGCGUGCAGCAGCUCUAUAUCACUGAUGUGAGGGCGGGAGGAUUAGCAUUCGCCAAAGGUCUGAACGCGGGAGACGAGAUCCUACAGCUGAACGGGAAGCCCUCCAGCAGCCUGACCUUCGCCGACAUGAAGGUGGCCUUCUCUGCGGCCUCUCUGGCCCUGACCGUCAGCGCCCUGCCGCCCGUCGAGCGCCGGCAACUCUGCUACCUGCCGCCGCGCCGUUCGGACGCCGCCGACGAGCUCUGCACCGACAUCUUCUCCCAGAGCCAGGAGGAAAUCCUCGACGAUGGAGUCGGCCUUAUUCUGGAGACCUCCGGAGACAGCCUGGAUGACGACUCCGAGAUCUUCAGCGAAUCCGACGACUUUGGAAAGAGCACGGAGCAGGUCGCCGCCUUCUGCCGCAGUCUCCAUGACAUGAACCCGUCCGAAUGCGCCACCUCCUCCUCGCCCAGCCCGGACUCGCCGUGCCCGCCGCCCGGUGCCAACGCCAGCGCCACGGCGCGCCAGCUCUCCGAUGCCGACAAGCUGCGGAAGGUCAUCUGCGAGCUGGUGGAGACGGAGCGCACCUACGUCAAAGAUCUUAAUUGUCUCAUCGGGAGGUACUUAACCCCUCUGCAGAAGGAGACCUUCCUUACACAGGAUGAGCUUGACGUGCUCUUCGGAAACCUGCUCGAGAUGGUGGAGUUCCAAGUGGAGUUCCUCAAGACCCUGGAGGACGGCACCCGAUUGGUCCCAGACCUGGAGAAGCUGGAGCGGGUGGACCAGUUUAAGAAAAUCCUCUUCUCGCUGGGCGGCUCCUUCCUCUACUAUGCCGAUCGCUUCAAGAUCUACAGCGCUUUCUGCGCCAGCCACACCAAAGUCCCCAAGGUCCUCGUAAAAGCUAAGACGGAUCCCGACUUCAAGGCGUUCCUGGACGAGCGCAACCCAAAGCAGCAGCACUCGUCCACGCUGGAGUCGUACCUCAUCAAGCCCAUCCAGAGGGUCCUCAAGUACCCCCUGCUGCUCCGCGAGCUCUACUCCCUCACUGACCCCGACAGCGAGGAGCACUACCACCUCGACGUGGCGGUCAAAGCCAUGAACAAAGUGGCCAGUCACAUCAACGAGAUGCAGAAGAUCCACGAGGAGUUCGGGGCCGUCUUCGACCAGCUCAUCGCCGAGCAGACGGGCGACAGAAAAGAGGUGGCUGACCUCUCUAUGGGGGACCUGCUUCUCCACACCAGCGUGACAUGGAUCAACCCCCCAGCCUCCCUGGGCAAGUGGAAGAAGGAGCCUCAGCUUGCCACGUUCGUCUUCAAGAUGGCUGUUGUGUUUGUUUGCAAGGACGGCUCCAAACAGAAGAAGAAAAUAGGGGGGUCGCACAGGGUCUCGGUCUCAAGCGAGGACAAGGACCCCUUCCGGUUCCGUCACAUGAUUUCUACAGAUACCCUGCAAGUCCGUGCCCUGACCACCACAGAUGGAGAGAGCAACGCUGUGUGUGAGAUUGUCCAUAUCAAGUCUGAAUCCGAGGGGAGGCCCGAGAGAGUUUUCCAUCUCUGCUGCAGCUCCCCUGAGAGUAAGAAGGACUUCCUGAAGACGGUCCACUCCAUCCUCAGGGACAAACAGCGCAGACAGCUCCUGAAGACGGAGAGCCUACCACCCAACCAGCAGUACGUUCCCUUUGGGGGGAAGCGCCUCUGCGCCCUGAAAGGUGCCCGUCCAGCCAUGAACAGAGCAGUGUCGGCUCCCACGCGUACGCUGGGCAGGAGGAAGCUGGUGCGCAACCGCUUCACCAUCGACACGGACAUCGUGUUCGACGGCGAGCCCGGCAGCGGGGACCCUGACCCGGACACGCCCUCGCCGGACUCCCACGAGUCCCCGCAGCAGCCGUCGCCGGGGAUGGGCGGCGUGCUGGCCGGGGGCGACACGGACCGCUGGGUGGAGGAGCAGUUCGACCUGGAGCAGUACGAGGACCCCGACGACGUCAAGGAGACCGACAUCCUGAGCGACGACGACGACGAUGCGGUCGGCUUCUGCCAAGGCGGGAGGGUUCCGGCCGUGAAAGGCCGCCUGGAGGGCCCGAUGGCAGCCCUCGACCUCGAGGACGACACCUCGGGCGGGAAGCCACGGGCAGAGAGAGAAGAGGAGGAGGAAGAGGAGGAGGAAGGGGAGCGGAGGAGCGAGGCGACGGCAGCAGAGGAGGACGAUGACGACGACGACGACUGCGGUUUCACUCUACCCCAACGAGCCCCCGGCCCUCUCCGGCUCUCCCACCUGGGCAAGCAGUUAGCCAUGUCGGUGGCCAGCGUGGACGAGCAGCCGCCCCCCAGCCAGGAUGAGGUCGUCUGGGUGCGGCGAGAGGACCAGGCCGCCACACCGGACUCAGACAGCCAGAAGCACACGCAGAGCUAGGCCUACCACUCCACCCCCCCCACCCCCCUCCCAACACACACAAAAAAUAUCUAAAAAGCUGUAUCUGUCACAUCUUGCCAGAACAACUUGACACGGACUUUGUGAACGAUUUCACUCCUUCAUCACCGUCCACUAAGCUGUCUGUACUGCAUGGACCUAACUGUACGGUAGUCCUACAGGAUAUCUCACGCUAAUAUACGAAAUAUUAUCCACACGUGUAUACGGCUGUAUUAACCCCAAGCCAUCCUUCUCAUGACGGUUUGCCAUCGAAGCAACGCCACAUGACUGAUGUUCUCCGACAACCAAUCAGAGAAGAGAGUAGGAGGGUUAGACUGCACAAUCAUGAAAUUUAAUCAAUCAAGUAUUAGGACUGCACAUACUGUAGUCACCGGCAGCUACCUGGGACUGCCGCUUGCUGCCAAAUAUGUGCGGGGACUUAAGCUUUCUCUUUCCCUCUCAGAGGGCAAAUGGGGUUUGAGUUGUUGUUGUGUCAUAUAAAAGGGCUGUCUUUGAGUCCAUAACGUUUCAAAUGAGAACAGCCUGAUAUAAGAGAAAUCAAAUGUAAUGUAACUUUUCCAGAGAAGUGCACAAACAUGAUGUUUUGAGGGGCCUCUCAUUUCUCUUUAGUUGUAAAUAUUUCUGCUUUGAUUUCUAUUUUGAAUAUAUGAAGCUCUCAGAAGGCUUCAGACCAUUUGUUGUUAUUUACCUUUAACACCAUUGUGAAAGACACAGCUUUUUUUUUUUUUUGCCCAGUCUCCUUUUAAGCGAAGGGAAAACAUUUUGUCUCCAUUUCAUUUUUAUUUUAACUUAACAAAUCCUGUGUUACUUGAACUCUUUUCAUUGUCAUUUAUAAUUGAAACAUCAUGACUAGCCAUGAAUUGUGUUGGACUAUUUUCUUAAACCUUAGUUAAUGGUACACUGCCCUGCCCUUGUCACUAGAUCUGUGUGCACGUCUCAUGACAGAACACCCAAGUAACACUGCUGGGCCCCAUCUACAGAAUGGAUCUCUCUUGCACAUCUAAGUAUUUUUUUUUUUGUGGGGAGAAACAUAAAUAAUCUAUAAUGUAUUGACCAAAUAAAAUGUGUGUAAUUUAUGUUCCAUUGUUAGCAUUAUUUUAUCAGUGAGAUAGCUGAACUGCCACAAUCAGUACCCUAGGUUUUUUUUUUAUGUUAAUGAGAUUCCAAAUUGUGCUUAAUGCAAUCAAAAUGGUGGAACGUGAACAAACUGGAAGAAUGGAAAAAAUGUACAUGAACAUUUCCAAAUGAAUGAGAAAAAAACACACCCAUUGUUCUCACAGACUGCAUUUUUUAUUUUGUAAAUAUUACUGUAUUGAUAUUAUAUCAAAUAAAUUGUUUUCU